AUGAAGGCAUCCCGCUUCUUAGUUGUUCUCUUUGCGCUUGUUGGACUUGCCGAAUGUAUGAAUGAUGGUGAUGAGCUGCAAUGGGCACGACAUGCUUAUGUAGUAAAGAUUAUCGCACAAUUAUCCAUUAAUAAUACUAUCGCUUGCACAGGAACAAUGAUAUCUCAAUCUCUUGUUCUCACCUCUUCCAGAUGCUUUGAUGGAGUCAGAGAAGAAAAUUUGAACGCCGUGGUUCUUCUUCCAAAAGUCGGCGGAACUACAUCAAACCGGAAAGUGACUGGAUUAGCUCUGAGAGGAAAUACCGCAGUAAUUUCUAUCAAAAAACGUUCAUUCCAAGAAUUGUGUCCGCAAGCACCUAUUCCUCCCCGGGUUGGCAGACUACCGAUUGAACCAUCUUUAAUGUUUUCUUCGUGGAAGAAACUUGAUUUUGAUAAUCUCGCUAUUACUUCCUGCAGAAUAAUAGGUUUUAGAACAGUUAUGGUUCAUGAGUAUCAAGACAAACAUAUCAUGCUCUAUACGAACGUAAACGUGACAGCUGAAGAUAUGUUAACUGCCGAUGUUAUGGAAGGUCGAGGAGCUUGCUGGGACGAUAUAGGACUACCGCUUGAAUGCGAGUUGAGAAAAAACACUUGGGUUCAAGUUGGAUUUCUACAUUCGUUGUCAACUGUAGAUCUCAAUACAGAAGAAAAAGAGAAAGGAAACUAUUUGAAGAGCGAAAACCAAUCAGACGAAAAUGAUUACAGCUGCUCGAAUGUUUCCCGGAUGCGCUUUUCUAAACUCGAUGAAGCUGUUGGUGACCUGCUUAAUGGUUUGCAUACAAAAGAAAUUAUGAGCAUUCAAUCAUCUUGUUUCGCAGAUUAUUGA